UCUCUCUCUCUCUCUGUAACAAGAAACCGCAAUUUCCCUUUGCAGCGUGAAAAUGAAGCUGAGCAACAACCUGGUGGGGGCCCUGAACCUCCUGACCUUCCUCCUCUCCAUCCCGAUCGUCGUCGCCGGCGUCUGGCUGAGCAAGCAAGGCAGCACCGAGUGCGAGAAGUUCUUGGACAAGCCGGUCAUCAUCCUCGGCGUGUUCCUCAUGCUCGUCUCCCUCGCCGGCUUCAUCGGCGCCUGUUUCCGCGUCUCCUGGCUUCUCUGGGUCUACCUCCUCGUCAUGUUCCUCCUCAUCGUCGUCCUCUUCGCCUAUACCAUCUUCGCCUUCGCCAUCACCAACAAAGGCGCCGGCAACGCCCUCUCCGGCAAGGGCUACAAGGAGUACAAGCUCGGCGACUACUCCCACUGGCUUCAGAAGAGAGUUAACAGCACCAAGAACUGGGACAAGAUCAAGAGCUGCCUCAGUGAUAGCAAAGUCUGCUCCGAUUUCCAGGAUAAGUAUCUCAAUGAUACUCUCACCCAGUUCUACGUCGAGAACCUCUCUUCUCUUCAGUCCGGAUGCUGUAAGCCAUCAGAUGAAUGUGGUUUUACCUAUGUGAGUCCCACCGUCUGGACCAAGAAUACUACUACAGUGUCUGCCAAUCCUGACUGCAAUGUAUGGGAUAGUGAUCCAAAGGUUCUGUGCUUCAACUGCCAGUCAUGUAAGGCCGGACUGCUCGACAAUCUGAAAAGUAACUGGAAGAAGACGGCUGUUGUCAACAUUGUCUUCCUUAUCUUCCUCAUCAUCGUGUAUUCUAUUGGGUGCUGCGCAUUCAGGAACAACAGGAGGGACAAUCAAUAUUACAAGCACUGAUUGAAUAUUCGAAGCAGCAGUAGUAAGUUGGAUUGGAUGUAAAGAGUAGUUGGGGACUUUCUCUUAUUACUGAUGGAAACUUAUGUCCUAUUGACCUUUUCAGUGUUAAAAUUUCUUGUAAAGUCUUUCAUCAUUGUUGAUGGUUAGGUUUCAGCUUUAAAAUGGUAUAGCUUAUGUCUAUGUUUCUCAGCUGCUACUAUUUCGUGAUACACAGCCUCUUGUUCUAUAUGACAUUGUUUUAGAAAGAUGAUGAUUCAGCUCAGUUGUUUUGCA